AGGGUGUCAAGAUAUCAAUGCUUGAGAUGCUUUCAGGUGUCAAAAAGAUUGAGAGGAAAGUUAUUUUUAUUUUUUCGGUGAAUUUGAGAGGAAAGAUAUUUUUUUUUUUGGUUAACUUGGGAGGUUUAAAAUUAUUGAGUCGGUUCCAAUGGAGUGGUUAGAAUCUGUCCAAUUGAGUCGGUUCCAAAUUCCAAUAGAGAAGUCUAUGGGGUUGAAGUACUUUUUGCAUGAUGCAUCGAUUAUAUAGUAUUUUCCAGAACAUAUUUAAGUAUUUUUUUUAUAUUUACUUGUAUUUUUAAUAAAAGUUGGUUUUAAAAUUUUUAUUAUUAAAAAUGCUUUUAAAUAUUUAAAAAAAAAUUCCAAACAAGUCAUGUUGGACUGAGAUCACUUGCAAAUUUUGCCAAAAAAAAAUUGCAGAAAGCAGUUACUCUCUCUCUAGAAUUCUAUCUCUCUACUUUUCUCUAUAACUUCACUGUUGAGGUUAGUUUCUUCAUUUCCAUAUGGUAUCUUCGCCGUACAUGGCCGAUCGGUGUCUUCGAUCCUGACUUCUACGCUGCUUUUGCAAUCUCUCUCUGCAAAACCGGUACGAUCUUCUGCAAUCCUUAUUCUUUGGUUGAAUUCUUGCUUCUUCUCCAUCAAGAACGCGCAACCGAAAGCUACUCUGAGUGGUGCUCUGAUAAAUUGUGCGAACGAACUUUUCUUCUUCAAAUUCUACGGAGCUUGCGGUUUGAAGUUGAAAAGGUUACGAACUCACGGAGUCUUGCAAGCAGCGUUAUACAUUUGAUACAACGACUUCUAAGAACCCCUCUACCUGCCCGAACUAGCAAAGCCAUGAGUGUGAAGGAAACUUGUUUGAUUUGUUUUGAAGACAUUGAUGUUGCUCGAAUGCUUUCGAUUGGUACUUGUCAACACAAAUAUUGCUUGCCUUGCUUGAAACAUCACGUCGAAAUAAAUUUGCAAGGCGGGCUCGUGGCACAAUGCCCUCAUAAAGACUGUAAGUGUGAGGUGAAUGUCGAUAGUUGUAAGACAUUCUUGUCGUCUGAACUAGCCAAUGUUUUGAUCGAACGAAUCAAGGAGUCUUCAAUUCCUGUUACGGAGAAGGUUUACUGCCCAUUUCCGAGGUGUUCUGCACUAAUGUCGAAACAGGAGGUCUUGGAAAAUACCAAGACUUCUUUUGUUGGUGAGGGAGGCAGGAAGUGCGUGAAAUGUAAACACUAUUUCUGUAUCAACUGCAAGGUUCCUUGGCACUAUGAUAUGAGCUGCUACGAUUUCCAGAGAUCGGAAACGUAUUCCUGCGUGGAAGACCAAUUGUUGAAAUCAUUUGCGUCGAAGAAACUUUGGCGCCAGUGUUCAAAGUGCAAUCAUAUGGUUGAACUUGAUAGUGGUUGCUACCACAUCACUUGCAGAUGUGGACAUCAGUUUUGCUAUAAUUGUGGAGCUGAAUGGAAGAACAAGCAUGCAACCUGUUCCUGCCCGAUCUGGGACGAGCAUUUUAUUAUCAGGCCGUGACAAGCAGUGUGACAUGACAUUAUAUGUGAACAAACACAUGUAAUUUCUAAACCUAUCACCGUUGCUUUUUCGUCAAUUUCUUUUGGUUUCUUUCUUAUGGUAAAAUGUAGUUGCAACUUUUGUAACUUGUGCUAAGAGAAGCACCUUAUCUAUCUGCUUGCGCGGUUUUAUCAUCA